AUGAUCCCAAAUGAACAGAGUUUUGGUUCCCUCAUUUUAUCUGGAAAGAUUGAAUCAAGUGAAGUCUCUAAAAGGUUUCAAAUCUUUCUUUUCUAUUGCACGUUGCAACCAGAACCAGUAUUGGGGUGUUUUCGCUUGAGCCGUACGAGACGAAAUUCUCAUAUACGGUUCUUAGAGGGGGAGUCCCUUCGCCUUCGGUUCACCUAUCUCAAUAAAGUAUAUGAUUGGUUCGAGGAGCGUCUCGAGAUUCAAGCGAUUGCAGAUGAUAUAACUAGUAAAUAUGUUCCUCCUCAUGUCAAUAUAUUUCAUUGUCUAGGAGGGAUCACACUUACUUGCUUUUUAGUACAAGUAGCUACGGGUUUUGCUAUGACUUUUUACUAUCGCCCGACCGUCACAGAAGCUUUUGCCUCUGUUCAAUACAUAAUGACUGAAGCCAACUUCGGUUGGUUAAUCCGAUCAGUUCAUCGAUGGUCAGCAAGUAUGAUGGUUCUAAUGAUGAUCCUGCACGUAUUUCGUGUUUAUCUCACAGGUGGUUUUAAGAAACCACGUGAAUUGACUUGGGUUACGGGUGUAGUUCUGGCUGUGUUGACUGCAUCCUUUGGGGUAACUGGUUAUUCUUUACCUUGGGACCAAAUUGGGUAUUGGGCAGUCAAAAUUGUAACUGGUGUACCUGAGGCUAUCCCUAUAGUGGGAUCGCCCUUGGUAGAGUUAUUACGCGGAAGUGCUAGCGUGGGUCAAUCCACUUUGACCCGCUUUUAUAGUUUACACACUUUUGUAUUACCUCUUCUUACCGCCGUAUUUAUGUUAAUGCACUUUUCAAUGAUACGUAAGCAAGGUAUUUCAGGUCCUUUAUAGAGAAGACAGAGCAUAGGUAUUUGUAAUAGAUCAUAUAAUAUAUUGUUUGGGUAGGAACAAAAAAAUAGUAUUUGUAUUUCAUUGCUAUAAAUAUGGAUUAUUGAAAAGAAUAAGACAUGUUAUUUGGAUAUUUCCCUUCAACCACGAAGUAUUUUUUAUUUGAUACGAACAGUUGAAGUGGAUUCUCGGAGGAGAGGAUGGAUUAUGGGAGUGUGUGACUUGAACUAUUGAUUGGUCCAUGCAGAUAUAUUAUCUGCCACAUUGGAAUUCAUAAACAAAUGUGUCUCUGUUCCAACCGCCGCCCCCCUGCGGAGCAAGAGGAUAGGCUGGUUCCUUUGAGGAGAAUCUUUUCUAUGAUCAGACCCGAAUCAUGUCAUGCAUGAAUAGGCUUCGUAAGAUCUAGUAGAAUAAGUGAUGUGGCAUGAUCCAGAUUAUGUUCUAUCUAUUCCACUUCCAUUUAUUUAACUUAUAGUAGGGAAUGCAUUCAUUUCCCCUGCAUCGACCCCGAUCUAUGAUACUAUCGGAGUGAAACACGGGAUCUAAGGAAGAAUCGAGGCUAGACUUUAUUAGUAACAAGUAAAUCCUUUGUACGUAAGAAGACUCUAAAAAACAAUAUUGUGCAUCAAUUACAAGGUAUGAGACAAUCCAAAAGCAUUUGAUCAUGAUCGAUGUAAGCCUACUUGGGUAUUGAGCAUUUAUUUGUACGAACAUAGUUUCCUGGAUGGCAUAUGGAUUUUAUAUGAAUCCAUUUCAUUCCUUUGAUUAUUGCUCGAG